UCAAUAUACGAUGUCAGAAGCAUAUCCAUUUGAAGGUAAUAUGCGACACCGUAUUGGCCGAAGACAACUUGGGAAUUGCAACAAGUUAUUAAAUUCCAUGGCGUGCUUGCCUACCAGUUGGAUGUUUUGCAGCAAAGGCACCUUUGUCAGGUCCAAUUUUCUGAACAAAUCCGGGUACUACAAGUACAUGAUCAAGAGUUCCGAACCUGUUGAUGGCAAUCGACCUUAGCUGCCAUUCGAGGAUGGGCGGUGUUACUUAAACGCCCAUAAAGCAGUUCCAUCGAUCCAUGCUGAAACCGCACAAACCUGCCAAGGCUGCCAGUCUCUCUUUCUCUUCACUACCACUACCCACAAGACAACGACAAUGCAAAGGCAUUCCUUUCAAGCUUUGAACUCCACCUUUGUGGUAGAUUCUGAGUACCAGUUCGUUAAGGAGCUUGGGCAGGGUGCCUAUGGAUGUGUAGUAGCUGCGAAGCACCGCAGGUCCGGUGAAGGUUGUGCAAUCAAAAAGAUCACCAACAUUAACACAAAGAGAAUCUUGACGAAACGAUGCCUUCGCGAGAUCAAGCUACUACACCACUUUCGUGGCCACAAGAAUAUCACCUGUUUAUAUGAUAUGGACAUUGUCUUUCAUCCUGACGGCAACUUCGAUGAAGUGUAUCUUUAUGAAGAGCUGAUGGAAGCUGAUCUCCAUGCCAUUAUCCGGUCGCAACAACCACUUUCCGAUGCUCACUUCCAAUCCUUCAUCUAUCAGACACUCUGUGGCCUGAAGUACAUUCAUUCCGCGAACGUGCUGCAUCGUGACCUCAAGCCCGGAAAUCUCCUGGUCAAUGCCGACUGUGAACUUAAAAUCUGCGACUUCGGUCUGGCCCGUGGCUACAGCCCUGGCAACAGCAACAACAAUGCUCGUUCUGCCGCUAACCAGGGCUUCAUGACCGAGUAUGUCGCAACGAGGUGGUACAGAGCACCCGAAAUUAUGCUGAGCUUCGCCAACUAUGGCCCCGCAAUUGAUGUCUGGUCCGUCGGAUGUAUCCUCGCUGAGUUACUUGCUGGAAAACCUAUAUUCAAGGGCAGGGAUUACGUCGAUCAGUUGAACCAGAUUCUGCAUUACCUGGGAACUCCGUCAGAAGACACUUUGCGUCGUGUCGGUUCUCCUCGCGCUCAAGACUAUAUUCGUUCUCUCCCUAUCAAGCCUCGAGUGCCUUUCUCCACUCUUUUCCCUCGUGCCAACCCCCUCGCAAUCGACCUUCUCUCCCAACUGCUUCACUUCGAUCCGGCCAAGCGUAUUACAUGCGAACAAGCAUUGAACCACCCGUACUUGGCUGUCUGGCAUGAUCCUGCUGAUGAGCCAGUAUGCGCAUCGAGCUUCGACUUCGGUUUCGAAGAAGAGGACUCCAUUGAAGGCAUGAAGCGCCUCAUUGUCGACGAGGUUCAGACCUUCCGCGCCGAAGUUCGUGCUCAAGCUCGUGCGUCAGGCCAAGUCCGCCGUCAGGACAGCCUACCGAUUCCCACACGAGAGGAGAUCUUGAGCUCUCCGGUCACGGACAAUGCGCCACCAAAUGGAGCUACCUCCGGUUACACCACUAUUGGUGACCAGCGUGCUGCAAGCCCUGUUCUCGACGACCCAAGUGCUGAGUUGGAGAGGGAGCUUGCAGGUACUCACUUGGGCCACAGGGCGUAGGUCAGUAUCAAAGUAUGUAUCAUUAACUUUGUUCCCCCGUGUUGCUUGGAUAUCCCUUAUUUAUUUCUUGAGUCCGUUGGAAAACUGGAAAUUCAUGUAGCUGUAGAUUUCUCUGACUCGUUUCCCUCAUCCGAUUCUGCUCGAACUCUGGUUCUUGCGAUAUACCGCUGAGUCCUUUCGAUGUCUACUACAUAGUAGAACUGUGCUUGGGCUGGACAACUCGAUUUGAAUGAAAUUAUACCUUGCUCAGAAUAUUUGAAAGAAGUCGAGCAGGCAUUGU